AUGUUCGACUGGUUCAAUCGCAAGACGCAACAAGUCGUCGAGGCCGUCAAGACGACGUGGAAGUUCGUGGCGAAGCGUGAGUACUCCAAGUGUCGUGCACAGCAGUGGCUAGUGGCAGGUGAACACGCCCGGCGCUCAUGCAGUUCGCAUCUUCUGCAGCUUCCACUCUACUCGUCAUCCUCGCCCAAUUCUACAUGGGUGGCUUCUAUUACCUGGAGACGUGA